AUCUGAUCUUCAUACCUUUUCGAACCAUGACUCUUCCCUCAUUGACUGCCCAACUGCUGCCCACUUUACAGUUGCAACACUCUUCCCCUGUGUGCAACUGUCAGACAUGAUCUGCUCCUUCAUUUCCUCCAGGACAUGAUCCUUCAAUUCCACCAAGGGAAGACUACAGGCCUUUUGUCGACUUUUGACAACUGCGCCAUCUCUCCUCACACGGUGAGUUUGUCCGUGGUCUCACGAAACCGCAACGAACCAUGACUUCGUCACCUAAAUCCGGCCUGUCGGCUGCCAUUUCUCAUCCUGCGUAUUCGAUGCUCAGUCGAGCUCAUUCCCCAGACACUGCGGAUCGCAUUUUCACCGACAAGAUCAAGAAUAAACCUCUUCUCCUUCAACCCACCACCUCCGAUGGACGGGCUUUGCGACGUCAACUUCGACUGCGAAAGAAGGAAUAUCACAUACGCAAACGCAAACCGCGACCACUAAGCGCCAAAGAAAAGCGAAGGCUUAAGCUCUUGAGCAUGAAUAAGGAGGAAAUCAAAUAUGACAUCUACCAACGCCUACAUGAAUUGUGGAAGGGUUAUAUGCUGGAAGUGCUUGGCUACGUCAAAGAUGGCGAGGUGGUCGCUAGUAGUGUACAGAAAGAAGUCACGGGUCAAAGCCAUGGCAGUCUGCUUGCUAGUGCUGAUUUCCAUGGCGCCGAGUUCCAGGUCGUACGAAGCGGCGAUCUCGGAAAGGUUGGCAUCAAGGGAAUCGUCGUUCGAGAUACGAAAUUUACAUUUGUCGUUGUGACGCCCAAAGAUGAAGUCAAGACUUUGCCUAAAAAGGACACCGUUUUCCGCUACGAAAUUCCCUUGCCGUUUGAAACAGAUCAAAAGGAUCACGAGCCUAGAAGAUUGGUCAUGGAACUGCAUGGCAAUCAGAUCGAAUUUCGUCCUGCUGACAGAGCCAACCGCAAAUUCAAAUGGAAGGGAAUGGAUAAUGUCUGAGAAAUUAUAGGGCUCAGAUUCUCCUCAAUCUCUGCUCGUGGAAUUAUAUUUUUGAGCCAGCAGAAAUUAAAACCACCUUUUCCGACGAAGAUUCAUCAGCACAAUCAACGUCAUUCCAUCAUGCAGGAAAAAAGCUUCGCCGCGGAAUACCUAAUCUCCGUUGCACAGUCUCAUCAUGGCAUUAGGUUGGUCAAGACAACAGUGUGAUCUACGUAGAUCUAAGCUUGAUUGAGCUCACAUGGCUGCCCAUUCGACACUGAAUGUUCUCACAUCACCCACAGGGCUCUGCGCACCGAUCAAAAACCCCUUUUUGACACCAGUUCCCAGCCGGCCGCCGCCGACAAUAUCCAUCAAAUCGAUUUCCUCGUCCCAUUCCGUUCCCACGGCGAGGAAAUGGGAAUGGAACCGGAGCGGAUCACCCGGAUACACGGUAUACUGGCAACCGAAUCGCAGGCCUGGAGUUGCAAAGUAUCCUUGGCUAUGGAGAUGGCGAUACAAAGGGUAUGAUGACGGGAGAUUUGGUACAGCUGCUUGGGUGCUAGCAUUGCUCAAAGAUGGAGACGGAGCAUUCGUCGGGACGAGGAGUUGAGAAGUUGUUGGCGUGAUUUCAUAGCCGGUUGUUACACCAGACGCUGUGGAAUCGGCAACAUUAUCGUCGGCCUGGCUUGACUGGUGGGCUUGACUUUCUUGGACAUUCUCAAAAUCCAGUGGAUCACGCGCUGGCUGGUCAUUGACUGAUGUUUGAGGGGUUCCUGCAGCUUUUUUUGAAACCUUUUCCAGACCCCGUUUCUUGGACUCUGCUCUUUCCUGGGCUCGGACCUGUUCGACACUCUGAGUCUGUUUCUGGAGAUGUGCCCGGUAAUCUGCGCGUCUGGCGGCGUCGGCAGUCUGAAGCGCCCGCUGGUGCUCACGUGCAUCGUCGACGAUGAAGGCCACUUUCUUCUCGACCAACACUUGAGCUUCCUCGGGCAUGAUUUCGAUGGGCAUCCCCAAAAACAGGUUUUGAGACGGCGCUAACGGAAGAGAUCCAAUCGUCAUGCCACAUAUAUUAUGGUUUCGACGAAGAUACGUCGCCACCCGAACGUCGAACAAUAGAUAGCGACCUCCGACACAAGAAAUCCCCACGGGGAGUUCCGGCUGAAAAUCGAAGCCAAUAUCAUCUUUGUGUGCCAUCUUUUUGACGGAAAGCCUUUGAUCAUGAAACAGAGUCAGUAAGAAGAUCUUUUGUAAAGAAAUCUCGAGUUGUGAC